AUGGAUGAAUGGCAGGAGGCAUUUAACGGGCUAAGCCCAAAGCUCAAGAGCUGCCUGAUCAGAGCCAGAGAAGAGAAAGCUGAUGUGUUAACUGCGCUACUACGGGAGGCUGAGUUGAAGAAAACCCUCUGCCUUGUGAAGCGGUGGAAAGUCAACUUGGGCGGUAAAACAAUUGUUCUUCGAGAUUUAUUCGACAAGAUCAUCGCAUGGGUAUACAAAUUUAAGGCUAUUGGAGACACGGCUGUCCAGUUUGACCCCGCCCCAGCCACCCUGGCGUGGGCAGCAAAUGAAGAGCUAGAGAAAAUCGCAGAAUUGGACACAGAAGUGGACAGGCUUACUCGAAUUUCCGACGCCGAGGUUCAACUACAAAUUCAAGAUGAUAUGCACAAAACCCAAACUAUUCCAAAAUCCAUUCAAACGCCGUUCAGCCGGGUAGUCGACGCGUCAACAAUCUACGCGAAAAGUGUGGAAGAACAGCAGUUUCGACAGCUGUUGACAUGGAUGUCAUCUGUGCCGUACUUGCAGCACCAUGCGAGGCAUUCGGAGGCGAGACUGCAAGGAUCGACAGAGUGGCUAUUCAAACACCCUCGAUAUACAGAGUGGAAUGAAACAAGCACAUCUUCGAUUCUUCUCCUUCAUGGAAUUCCGGGUUCCGGGAAAACCAGUCUUACAUCUUCAGUAGUGGAUUCCUUUCUGAGAUCCAAGUCCCAAAAUCCCCUCGCAGCACCGGUUGCCUACUUUUAUUGUGGCGAUAGCAAGAUGGGGAGAUACUGGGCUGACCCUGAAGAAACAAUGGGCUGUCUUACUAGACAGGUUGCUGUCAUUGAUAGACAAAAGCUCGAAGUCCAUGAACAUGUGCUGCUUGAGUAUCAACGGAAAGCGGCGGAAGCCAACCUCGAUGGGUUCGAUGUCCCUAAGUUGAAAAUUUCGCAAUGUGCCGACUUGAUUCUUGGAGUUCUUGGCUCGAACCCUGCAAUUUUGGUUGUUGAUGGUGUCGACGAAAUCGAAGAAACUCGACGCUAUGAGCUUCUAGAUGCAUUGAAGCGAAUAAGGGACGAGUCUGCCAGCGUCGUCAAAAUAUUUCUGUCGGGCAGAGAAGAUAGGAACAUUUUGGGCCGUCUUUCAGAUGCUCUCAUGCUACGCGUGGAAGAAAAUGAUACACGGCUGGACAUAGAGUUAUUCGUAAAGAACAAAGUGUUAUUGGGAAUUUCCACCCUGUGCCUACUCGGUGGCGAGGUUCCACGAGACUUACAAGAAGAAUUGAUUGCAUUUCUCUUGAACCGCUCACGCGGAAUGUUUCUUUGGGUCACUCUUCAAUUGAAUUGCUUCUUUCGACUCAAGACCAGGGCUAGUGUUGUGGCAUCGAUUCAGGACUCAUCCAAGGCCACAUGUGAAAGUCUCUCCGAUUUGUACUCUGAGAUGCUAGGUCAUCUCCAUGAAGCCGACCCCAGUGCAUACGAUAUUGCCAAUCGAGCAUUCUCUUGGCUGCUGUGCAUGCAUGAACCAUUGACGCCCCAAGCCUUGCUUUUUACAGUAUCCAUGUCAAGCCCAGAGGAGCAACGGAAUUUCACAUUGCCUGAGCUUCUCGAUUUCUGCUUCAACUUGAUUUAUGUGGACUCCAAGUUGAACACCCUGCGAUUUGUCCACUUUUCAUUCAUUGAAUAUCUGAAAACAAAACCUGAAUUUAGUGUGCCUUGCAUCAACACUAUAGCUGCCACAGGGUGUUUGAAUGCUUGCAUCCAAGACACACCGUCCAACCUCGAGGAUACCUUCAACCCCAAGGACAAUUUUGUGCUUUACGCUGCCCUAUAUUGGACUCAACAUUAUCAAAAUGCAGCCAUUGGCAAUGAUCAUAGCCCUAUUCUCUCAAAACUGGAAAAAUUUGCCUUUAACAACGACGGAGAAACAAACCUAUCUUUUAUGGCUUGGCUUGAUACCGUCCAUAUUGCAGCAGGGCUACUUUCUCCAGAUCAUCCUUUAAAAGCCGAGCUCAACUCCGUGACAAGUAUGCAAAUGACACCUCUUUUUGCAGGUUGUAUCUAUGGAAUUGAAGAGAUUGUUCAGUCUGUUGUGACUAGAGAAGGCUUCGAUGUGAACAAGAAAUCUACAACCGGUCACACCCCGCUAUAUCUAGCUGCGAAAUUUGGCCACGAUGAGAUUAUCCGGAUACUACUUUCUUAUGGUGCUGAUGUGGGCCUCGAAGGAGGGAAGCAUGGGAACUCAGUCAAUGCCGCUUGUGCCAAUGGCCAUGUCAGUGCUACAAAUUUACUUCUCAGUCACCAAUCAACUUCUAUAUCCUCGGAUGAUGUGGGAUUGGCUGUUCAGAAGGCCUUGAUCUCAGGGCAUGAGAAUGUAGCUUUGUUUCUUUUGCAGAACUCUGUUGAGCUCCCGGACCAUGAGACCUAUACCAAGACAGCCGAGCAAGCAUCCAGAGCAGGUAUGUUCAAGCUAGUGCAAUGGCUGGACAAAGAACAUCCGUCAUUAAGUAACGCAAAUGAAGCCCAGUCAAGAAUACUAGACAUGGCUAUCUUGAAGGGUCAACUCUCAUUUAUCAAGAGAUAUUGCUCGAAGCUACAGUUUCUUGACAAUUCAGUCGCAAAUGCAGCUUGUAUGGGACAUGUUGACAUCCUUUCAUUUUGCUUGGACCAAGGAGCCAGUAUUGAAGAGGAGGGGCCACUUGGGAGUCCCCUUCGAGCGGCCAGUCUCAUGGGCCAUGAAAUGGCUGUUCGCCUGUUGAUUGCUCGAGGGGCAAGCAUUAACGCCCCUGGGAAAUUUGGCGAUGCCCUCCAGGCUGCAGCUAUGAAUGGCCACUGGUCAAUCACGCAAUUCUUGAUCCAAAAUAAAGCAGACGUUAAUGCCCAAGGGGGCUACUAUGGGAAUCCUCUUCAGGCUGCCGCAUCUCGUGGACACCUUGAGGUGGCAGAGGCUCUGAUAAAUGCUGGUGCGCGGAUCGCUGCCAAAGGCAGGUAUAAAGAUGCCUUUCUUACUGCCGCAGAAGCAGGCCAUCAUGCCGUGGUGGGCCUCUUCAUUGAAAAGGGCUUCCAGUUGCCCCAAGGCCACGUUCGAUCGAUCAUGAAAGGCUUGUACCAGAAUCUCCUUUGGACAGCUUGGAAUGAUGCACAUGGUAGCCUCGUCCACAAGGAGAAGGAGAACAACCUGCUCUCUCUUCCCUUACCCGACCCGGGACUAGGGGUAUCAUUCAACACUUUGAAGGAUGGUAUAUCUUCAACUCCACGAAACCGCAACACGGCUACCCCGGUCCGAGGUUUAAAAGCCCCUACGCCAGUGGAAUACAGCUCAUUGGUAUUGGCGGCGUCAAAGGGUUGGGAUCUUGUUGUGCAAUGCAUGGUAACUGAGAGAGAAAAGAUCAAACUUGGCCAAGCCGAGCUUGAAUUGGCGCUCGAAAAAGCCGCAUAUCACGGUCAUGUCGGGGUAUUGAAGAUCAUAUUGGCAUCUGACAUUGAAAAAAACUGGAAAAUCUUGAAUGCUCUCAUGGCAGCAGCGCAAACUGCCCAAAUCACGAUCAUUCAGAUCCUUAUCCACCACGUAGCAGACUCGGACGUUUUGAGCUGGGAUAAUGCGCUUCUGGUUUUAAGAUAUGGAUCUCGAGAGAACCAGAUUUCAAGUGUUCGGUAUUGUCUUUCACAUGUGAUGGAUAAAGAAAGGCACGCACUCGUGGCCCUCGCGUUCAAACAUGCUGCCAAGUUUAACAGUGUCGGUGUUCUGAAGUCUUUAGACCAAGAUGGCAACUACAUUGACGGGCAAGUCGUGCGGCAGGCAUUUCAAAUUGCUGCAUCUAACGGCUCAACAGAUGUUGUGCAAUUAAUUAUCGGAAGCGACUUUGCAAAUUCCAUUCAAAGCGAGGAUUAUCUUGUCGCAUUUCGUGGGGCCAGCUUCUACGGCCAUGCCGUCCAGUCUCAAUCCCUUCUUGGUCAUGUUUCCUCGCCAUGCAGCCCGGAACAUUUGAAAGUGUUAUUUAUCAACGCUGCCUACAAAGGAUAUCGAGGGGUACUUAGUGUUCUUCUCCCGGAAAUCAAAAAUCUCGAUUGUUGUCAGACAUUGCUGGACACGUGUUUGUGUUUUGCGUGUGCAGAGGGGGAAUUCGAUGCUGCUUCUUUCUUAAUUGAGGCUGGUGCUUGUGUCAAUGCGCGCGCUGAUAGCGAGAUGAAGGUUGAUGAAAACCCUGCUUUGGCGGGUCUAUGUCUGGACAAAGACACCGACGAACAAAGGCCUCUAAUUGAGCCCACAGACUCACGUUUUUCUGUGUAUUACAAAAAUUGCGGCAAAUGGACAGCUUUGCAAGCGUGUCUAAAAAGCCCUCGGCAGUUUCAAUUUCGGCGAGGUGAUUCCGAAGGGCCCCGUGCGUUGGAUAAAAAGCACUUCGCCGUUCUACAGCUUCUCAUAUUACAUGAUGUUGAUGUCAAUGUGGUAGGGGAAGAUGGUCUCACGCCACUGCAUUGGGCUCUUUCCAGAGAAACCAUGUGCUUUCCCAUGGUAUCGUUGCUGUUGAACGCCGGGCCAGAGUCUUACAUCGAAGAAGCCGAGGCUGAGGGUCGAUAUCCUUUGCUACAGACGGCACUCCGGUUCUUUGAAGGAGGGGGCUGUUUCAAAGAUUGCGAAUCAGUUGAGGAGGUCUUUACCACGGGACCUGGGGCGGUCAUCAGGCUACUUCUUGAGUCGAAGCCAAACAUAUCUGCCACUGAUCGUCAGUUUCGCCUAGUGCUCGAAAUGGCGGCGACUGUUGGUAACGCAGACUUCAUCCAACUGCUGGUUGAGAGGGGAGUUGACGUCAAUACACCCGUAGAUUUCUUCAGCCAUGCUCUCAUAGCUGCUGCUGCAUUUGGACAUAAUGACUGUGUGCAGCUACUUGUUACUACAGGAGCUGAUGUCAACAUAUCUCAUCCACUUCACGGAACCGCUCUCCAGAUCGCAGUCAUAGGUGGACAUACACGAACUGCCCGUAUUCUGCUUGAUCACGGGGCUGACAUUGACGUCUAUACACAAGCCUCGUUCCCCUCCAUUACUUCUGCUAAUUCUGCAGCUCUACAACUGGCAAUAGAUCGUGGAUAUUUUGAAAUAGCAAACCUUCUGCUCGAUGCGGGUGCCAAUUUCAACAUUUCUCCGCCAUUUGUGUCGCCUCCCCUAGUUGCAGCUUGUGGCCAGAGCAAUCUUGAAUUUGUCAAGGAUCUUUUGCAGCGAGGGGCAAACGUGAAUAUAGAUGGGCAAAGGCGCGAAUCAUCGAAUAACGAGGUGCUGGUGGCAAGUGAAGAGGCAAGUGCUCUACAUAAAGCUUGCGCCCGGGGCAGAAAUGAUCUGGUCUCGAUUUUGCUGGAGGGAAAUGCAGAUAUCGAGAAACGAGUCGGAGGAUCUUUGACCCCUAUAGAGGUUGCCGCAAGGGCUGGUCAUCUGGUGGUCCUGGACCAGCUCUUGGAUGCUGGGGCUACGAUCUAUGACCCGUCUCGAGGCGUCAAUGCUCUGAGAGAAGCAUGCAGAGGCAAGGAUCCUAUUCCAUCUACUCGAUUACUUCGCGGAAGAUUGAAGGCGGAAUCAGGGUCAGAGGAUUUCAUUUCUGCAUUUGAAGAAGCUGUCCCCGAAGUGCUGAGAAAAGGUUGCGGAGACACGCUUGUCUGUCUAAUUCAAGAUCUUCCCAAAAUCCCGUCCCUGCUGCACCAUGCAUGUGUUCUGGGAUCAACAGAUGCAGUCGAACUCAUGUUGUAUCACGGUAUUGAUGUCAAUUUCAACUUUGAAUCUGGUGGACAGCCAUUGCAUAUUGCAUGCUAUUAUCAAAGAGUGGAACUGGUGCCACUUCUGAUCAAAAGUGGCGCUACCGUUCACGAGGAGGAUCUAAAGUACGGCACACCUAUUCAAGCCGCCCUCGAGGGUUACAUUGCAUCUGGGUUGAUUGCUGACGACAAGCCCUUUCAUGACAUGGUUCCAACUCGGUCCCCCUUACAGACACUUUCCAACAAUUAUUAUGGGGCUUCACGUGUUAGCCGCCAGGAUCUCAUUGUUGCGUCUGAAUCCAACGUCCUAGCUUUAGUAAGCGCAGGAGCGACAGCUGAUGCUAAAGAACGACCAAUUGGUCCACCUCUGCACCUUGCUGCUUUCAUUGGAAGCAUUCCCAUUCUACAACUGCUUCUUCAAACCGGAGUAGAUAUUAAUACUGUGGGAGGCUACUUUGACUCUGCUCUCAUCGCUGCUGUGUACGCCAAGCAACAAAACACCAUCGUAUAUCUCCUGGGUCAAGGGAUUGAUGCCAACUUGUUCUCUGCAGAGUUUGGCACUGCCCUCAAUUUGGCUUGUCACCAGGAAAACCAGAACAAGACAAAAACAGUCCGGGCUCUUUUGAAACAUCGAGCUGAUGUUAAUGCCAACGGUAGCGAAUCUGAGAGUCCGGUAUCUGCUCUGCUUUCAUCAAACAUGACGAGCCAUAAGCCAAGUAUAGCUGAGGACACUCUUGAAAUCAUCCUCCAAAGCGCUGCAAACCUAAAAGUCAGACCUGAAGACCUCGUGCUAGCAGUGACUGUCGAUGACAAGUGUGGCAGCGAGUUACGGGAAGAACUGACAGAGCGGCUGCUCAAGCACGAUCCUACAGCGCAAGUGACAAUUGAAGUCAUCAAACAUGCUGCUAAAUGCUAUGGCUCUGGAGAUCCCGAGAACAGAUUGGCGAUGCUACUUUCCCACUCGAAUGGAAUAUAUGUCACCGAAGAUAUUCUCGAAGCAGCAAGCAGCCCAGAAAUUCUGGAGGUUCUGCUACAACACAACCCGCGAUGUGGAGUCACGGAGGCCCUUUUCAAAACCUUCGCUCGAAGUGACUCAUGGCUGGGUAAAGACUACUUGGAAGUCUUACUUGAUGGAGACAUUUCUGCUACUCCAACAAUUGCCGUGAUACAGGGUCUUUUGGAAGCACGAUUCCGUCCAGAGGAAGGCGACGCCAAGUUCAACAAUAUCCUCGAAAUGUUAUUCGAUCGCAAUCCUAACAUUGAGGUGACUGAAGAGAUGCUUGCUGCAACAAUGAAUUCUAAGGAGCGUGAUAUUCUACUAUCAAGAGCUCAUAAGGUUUCCUGUGAAUGA